CAAUGCCUUUUCGCACAGAGAACGCCAGAGGGAAGAUGCUUCAUUCCCAUGUUUUUCCGGAUUUGUUUAAAAGCCGUUAAACCGCUGCAUUUAUCGUUUAGUUAUUUAGCUAGGACCGGAAAUACUGGUAUUUCUACUAUGACAUAUUGAAGCCGGUGUAAACGUCCACUUUAUGUGUACUCUUUACUAGAUAACUCGUCAUGCUAGCGUUCUGGUUCAAGGUGCGAUAGCUCGCUGUUUGGCAUCUACCAGGUGACUAUCUUGACAACUCUUUGGGUCAAAGUUCUUGACUCACUUCCUACAUCUCCCAAAUUCAACUUGACGAGCCUGUAAACACUGUUUGCUGGCUACUUCUCCCUGUUCACAUAAUAGAGAUGUCUGGGAGUCCUGCUGUGGUCAUGAGGCUGGUGGCCUCAGCCUACACUGUGGCUGAAAAGGCUGGAGCCAUUGUGAGGAAGGUCCUUCACAGUGGAGAGCUUGGCAUUGUGGAAAAGACUGGAGCUAAUGAUCUGCAGACACUGGCGGACAGACUGGCACAGCAGAGCAUUUGCGCGUCACUGUCCAGACGUUUCCCUAAAAUCACCAUCAUUGGAGAGGAGGAUCUUCCAGCUGAGGAAGUAAAGGAAGAGCUCAUCGAGAACGGCCACUCAGAGGAGAUCCUCCAGAAGACGUGCCCAGCAGAAUACAGCGGGCUGAAAGAGGAGGAGCUGGUCGUGUGGGUCGAUCCACUCGAUGGCACAAAGGAAUAUACUGAAGGGCUCCUGGAUAAUGUGACGGUGCUGAUUGGUAUCGCAUACGCAGGCAAAGCUAUCGCAGGUGUCAUCAACCAGCCUUUCUACAACUACCAGCUUGGCACAGGAGCAGAACUAGGAAGAACGAUGUGGGGUAUGCCAGGGUUGGGCGCCUUUGGAUUUACACUGAAGGAAGCUCCGGGCAAUCGACGCAUCAUCACCACCACACGUUCCCACAGCAACAAGGUGGUGACGGAGUGUGUAGACGCCAUGGAGCCGCACGAAGUUAUAAAAGUUGGUGGAGCUGGAAACAAGAUAAUCCAGCUUGUUGAAGGAAGAGCUUCUGCCUAUGUGUUCGCCAGUCUAGGGUGCAAGAAGUGGGACACCUGCGCUCCUGAGGCCAUUCUCACUGCUGUUGGAGGUAAACUGACUGACAUGCAUGGCAAUGCAUACCGCUAUGAUGCUAAUGUGAAGCACAUGAACUCUGCUGGUGUUCUUGCUACACUACGUAACCAUGAGUACUACGUCAGCAGAGUACCGCAGUCGGUGAGGCAAGCCCUAAAAACAGACUGAGGUUCGUCUUCGAUGUAGACAAAACACUAAUGUCUGUCUGUGGUUCGGACAUUAAAAUCCAUACAGAGGAGAGUUCCUAGACACCAAUGCAGAAACCUUCACAGUAUAAAGAAAAAGUCAUCAAAUCUAUUUUGUAUUUUUUGAAAUGUUAUGAUUUCUAUGGUGCGUUCCAUUUGAACUGCGAAGUCAGAAUUUACUAAUUCCCAUUCAGCAAUUUCUAAGGUCAGAUUUUCAACUCUUAAGUUGACAGUCAGACGCACCUCACCAACCCUGAUCUCAAAAUCCAAGAUGGCAGCUCCAAUCAAGUCAAACUGCAUUGUUGUCCACUGGAAUUCCUAGCACUGUCUAAUCUGGCUUGUGCUGGCUUUGUGACUUGUACAGAGACUCUGUCCACUCUGAUGACAUCAGGGAAAUGGAACGCACCAAUAACCACAUAUAAAGGUUAAUUUGCAAAACCACAUAUAAAUAAAUGAUUUUGAAUACA